AUGCCUCGCGCCGAAGCCGGAAGUACGAAAUCGCUCAGCAACAAGAUGAAAGCCAAAGGCUUGGGCAGGUUGCGAUGGUAUUGUCAGCUUUGCGAACGACAGAUGCGCGAUGAGAACGGCUUUAAAUGUCACGUCCAGAGCGAAAGCCAUGUCCGUCAGGCGCUUCUUGUCGGUGAAGAUCCUAAGAAACAUAUCGAAGAUUACAGCAGGGAGUUUAUAAAGAAUUUCAUGGAUUUGUUGCGGACGACGCAUGGAGAGAAGAAGGUGCAUGUCAACCAGUUCUAUCAGCAGGUUAUUGCGGAUAAAGAGCACGUGCAUAUGAACUCGACGAAAUGGACAUCGCUGUCCCAGUUCGCGGCGCACUUGGGUCGAGAGGGAUUGGUUCGCGUCGAGGAAACGGAGAAGGGCCUUUUUGUGUCGUAUAUUGAUCGGAGUCCGGAGACUAUGAAGCGUCGGGAGGCGAUCAUGAAGAAGGAGCGCCAGGAUCGAGGAGAUGAGGAGCGAGAACAGCGGCAGAUCCAGGAACAGGUGGAGCGCGCCCAGCAGAACGCUGAGAAGGAGGACGAAAUCGAUCCGGAGGCUAGGAACCUGCAGCGAGCGGAGGGCGAGAAGGUCAAAUUAAACCUCGGCUUUGGUUCUAAGCCCACUGCCACCGAGGAAUCGAAACCCGAGUCCGAGUCCAAGUCGAAGUCGAAGUCACAGUCGCCCACGGAAGAAAACGGUACAGCUUCGGAAUCUCCUGCCCCGGCGCCGGUCGAAGCGGCUCCGCAGCCAGCCCCGAAGAUCUCGAUGUCGUUCGGUGGGGAUAAGAAACCGAAGAAUGUCUUUGCUUCGGCGGCGAAGAAGAACCCUCUUGCCGGCAAGAAGGGCUCGGUCAUGGAAGCGCCCAAGAAGAUGUCGGAGCAGGAAAGAAUCAUGAAGCAGGAGAUGGAAGCGAUGGAACGAAAGCGCAUGCGUGGACCAUCUGGAUUCCCCAACGCCAAGCGCCCACGAGUGACAUGA